AUGAGGAAUGGUUAUCGGAGAGUAGAAACCACUUUCAAAUGUUUGCAAGUUUUAUUGGACCCUCCAUUUGUAGAAUCUCCGAUGGGGGAAGAAGAAGAUUUAGCGAGAAAGUCUCCGAUUGAGGAAGAAGAAGAUUUCUCCGGUAAGAUCGCUUUUUGUGAAGAAGAAGUAGUAACCUCCUGGGAUGUUACCAUCGUGUUCUGGAACUUGGAGGACUACCCAAUCCCUGAGGGUGCGGAUAUCGGUUGUAUUCAUGGUAAUAUCGUAUCAGCUCUUUAUGGAAUGGGCUUUGAUGGGAGGAAGUCAAUCCAGGCGUACGGUGACCCAGGGAGCCACGACAUAGAUGCCUUGCGGAAGGCCGGAAUCAUCUACUACUUCCCAGAAAGCGAAAGUGAGGGUGACAAUUCGGCUGCUUUCACAAUGCCUCUGGAUAUGAUUACAGGGAGUGGUCAUGAACCACCAUAUCCAAAUUUAGUGGUAAUCGCGAAACAAAACCCAGAAGCUGAGUGGCACAGGAUUCUUGAGUGUUUGCAAUCGAGAAAUCACACUGCUCUCGUACUAGAGCCGCCUGGUUUCGAUUCGGUGGAGUCACUGCGAGGGGCCAAUUUAGCCGUCUUCUGGGACUUGGAGGAUUGCCCGUUCCCUCAUUGUUCCGACCCUGACGAGAUUUACGGCAGAAUCGACGAAGCUGUUCGUGCAAGGGGCGUGCACGGUACAGGUGAGAUAUCAGUCUGGGCUUAUGUCGAUGAGAAGAAGGGGUCUUCCUAUCUGCGGCGUGACAAGUCGUGGGGUUCCAGAAUCUACUUUCUUCCCGGAGGGGCCUCGAGGCGUAACAGAAUGUUGAACGACAUUCUUUUAUGGGCAAUGGACACUCCUCUGCACGGGGCUUUUUCAGCAAUCGUGACGGUAGUCUCAAAUCAGUUCAGAGAUGGCACCUACUACUCUAGGCUCCAAGGGUUGAGUGACGCCUGUUACGGGGUUCUCUUGCCAGACUUGCUAGUAGAUGAAUACGUUUUUCCUACCCUCUCCGAAAAGCAAGCGCACCGAAAGGAUUCGCACCAAAAAACAACAACAGUCUUCUGGAACUUGGAGGACUACCCAGUCGUCCCUGAUGUAGCUCGUCUUCACUCUAUAUUUUGCAAGAUCCAAAUGGCUCUUGAUAGAAUGGGCUUUCGUGAGAGAGUGGAAUUCUGGGGGUACGGUGAGUUGCGGGAGGCCGGAAUCGCAACUAAGUUCGAUCACUACUUUGCAGAAAGUGAGUUCCUAACAACUCACUUGAGUGCUUGUGCAGCAUCGAGUCCUUCAAAAGCUUUAGUGGUAAUCGCAAAACAAGGCCCUGAAAAGGAGUGGCACAUGGUUCUUCAGUGUUUGCAGUCGAGAAAUCACACUGUUCUCCUGCUAGAGCCGCCUGAUGACACCGCGUUUGAGGAUGUAAAAUCACUAAUUCAAUGUACACAAGCUUUAGGUGGAGGAAAGCCUACGCCGAGUUUUUAUCGUGAUGGUGAUAAUGAGGAGCAUCGACCAGAGCCAGAAUUUACGGUUUUAAGCUUACGAGGGUCGGCCAGAAUAGCUGGCAUACAUGCUCGUAGAAAAGCUUACAGAAAAGCUGCUCGCAUGAAAGCUGCCUUAAGCUCAGGCUUAAGCUCACCUUGUCCCAAAAGGCUUAAAGGGAAUGCAGCCGAUUAUGUGGACUAG